AUGAGUUUGGGAGUAUCAUCUAUUCAAUCAUCUGACAAAUCCCUUGAACCUAAACUAGCUUCAGAAGAACGAAAGUCAUGUCCUUUUCCAGAGCAUUCUAAAACACCACAACGCUCAAAACAUUCAUUAUCACCUACAACAAAAGCAUUGAAACCACAACGACCAUCAAAGAAAAAAGGAGAACAACGACAUUCAGUGUUAUUUAAAACACAAUUCUGUUUAAAUGUAGAUGACAUGAAUAAUACUGGUUCUCAUCAAUCACUUGUUGUUCCAUCAUCAUAUGACUUAAGUAGAACAUUACGUGAAGAAGAAGGAUAUUCUGUUUCAGUAAGUAAUCCAUCUAAUUCAUCAGAUGGAAUACUAUCGAAAGUUCCUCCAAGUGAUGAAUUAAAAUCUGAUUCUAUCGAAACAAAUGGCAUAAAAGAAAGUUGUGAGGUUGUCUCAAAACUAAAUGAACAUCCUAUUGUUGUUAGUACACAUCCAGAAACAACCCUUCAUUCUAAAAAAGAUUCAAAAGAAAAAGUUGGUAAAACUACAAAAGUUAGAGAAGGUCAAUUAGACAAAGACAAAAUUCUUAUUCGUACUUCUGAAGAACUUAAUCCAAAACCACUUAUGGUUCAACGUAGUGAAUUGGAUCUUCAAAGACUGAAAGAGGCAAAGCAUGAUUUUGCCAUAGAUAUUUUUGAAGACGUGGCACUUGGAAAGGUUACUUUAGCUGACAAUGAAACAAAAAGUGCACAACACACUCCAAGAGAAGAGGAUGAAGCUAGUAGGAGAAAAACAAUGCAACCAAAUAUAUUGAAAAGGAAUUUAUUUUUAAGAAGAGAAAAUAGUGAUAGAGUAAGAAAAAGUGAAGAUAAAAGUCAGUUUGUUAGAGUUCAAAAAGGAAAAGAUUCAGUUCCUGAUGAUAAUGAAGAAACAGAAACAUUUAGUGAUGACCCAGGAAUGGAACAAAAUGAAGGAUUAACACACACUUAUGUUGAUAAAGAAGACCUUGAUAUAUUAAUUUCUGGAGAUGAUAGUAAAUUAAGAAAAUAUCUAGAAAGAAAUAGAAUUACUGUUGGAUUUCCUAUUAAGGGAUAUAAAGAAGCGUUGGUAUUAGAUAUUAGAAAUGGAGAUGAUAAUCCAUUUGAACAAAUGAAAGAAAUUAAUGCAAUGGUUAAUAAAAGAAAAACAGAAUUUAUUGAACAACAUCAAGGAAUCAUUGUAAAAGAAAUAACUAUUGAAGAAAAAGAUAAAAAGAAACGAGGAAAAGUUAAUAAAAAGAAUAUUCAAGUUGUUGAAUUUGAAGGAGAAGAAAUUGAAGAAAAAGAAAUGAAAAAUGAAGAAAAAAUGAGACAUAUUCAAAUAACUGGAUUUAGCAAUCAAAAAGAAUAUUUUAAUAAAUUAAAUGAAAAAGAACAAAGUCAAUUUGAAAAUUAUAAAAAUACAUUAAUGGAAUUAUGGUUUACAGAAGAAAAUCAUGUUCAAUCAUUAGACAUUUUAUUAAAUUGUUAUUUAAAACCAUUAAAUGAAAGUAAAUAUAAUAAAUCAGUAAGAAAAAUGAAUAUUCAAAUUGAACAACUUCUUAAAUUACAUACUCUUUUUUAUAAUAAAUUAACAGACAGAAUUGAUCAAGCAGGUGAUGAUAUUCCAAUUAUUUCUGAUUUAUUAAGAUAUUUCUUUCAUUUCGUAAAGUCUACAUGUCCUUAUAUUGUCGAAUAUAAUUCAAAUUUAAGGUUAGUCAAUGAGUUAGUUAAACAUUCAACUGCAAUAAACAUUAUAGAAGAAAGUAGAAAGAAAUAUGAAGAAAGUCAUCAAGGAAUUGUUAUUCAAAGAAUUCAAUCAUAUUUGAUUAUGCCAAUUCAAAGAAUACCUAGAUAUGUAUUAUUAAUUAAAGAUAUGUUAAAAAACUCACCACCAUUAUCCCCUGAUACAGAUAAAUUAGUUGAAUGUUAUCAAUUGAUAUUGGACGUUGCUGCAUGGAUAAAUGAAAAAAAAUUAUAUGAAGAAGAAAGAGAAAAGUACAAUAUAGUUUUAAAAAUAAUUACUGGGUUAUAUGAUAUGAAUAAAUCUUGUAGAAGAUUUAUUGUUAGUGGAUAUUGUAAAUAUCUUGAUAUGGAAUCUCCAAAUGGAGUGAAUAGUGCAUAUUUCUUUUUAUUUAAUGAUGUUCUUAUAGAAACUCAAGUUAUAAGACAUCACAACCAUAAGAUUAAAAGAAAACAAUUAUUUAAUGUUUAUAAGUUAAUUAAUGACUAUGGAACUGUUGAAGAUUUUAAAGAUGAUAUGUUCCAAGUCCAAUGUGUAUUUAUGGUUACAGAAGAUGCUAUUGUUUCUUAUGGGACAAAUCCUUCAUUUGGCCCUUCUAUUUCUUUUACUUCUCCUUUAUCUGAUAUGCAAGUCACACUUGUCUUUGAUAAUCCUUUAGAUGCUAAUGCUUGGUUUGUUGCUUUAGCUUAUACUAUUAAAUUAUCUCCUCGUUUGAAUGAAUCAAAGAACAUAUUUAAUAUCAGAAAUGAAUAA